AUGAAGUUUUUUACCCUUUCCAUGAUGACUGCUCUUGUAGCAGCGUCGCCUAUGUCUCCGGCAGCAAAGUUCUCAGAGAACGAGAUACAAGCUCGUCAGUUUGGAUUCGGCACGACCACUAGGAACGAACUCGAGAACGGAAGCGCUGGAGCUUGUCCAAAGGCGAUCUUUAUCUUUGCCCGUGCAUCCACAGAAACUGGCAACAUGGGAGCUUCUACCGGCCCUGCUGUAGCCAGCGCUCUUGAACGCAACUACGGCGCAAGUGGUGUCUGGGUACAAGGUGUUGGUGGCCCAUAUUCGGCUGAUCUAGGCUCCAAUGCUCUACCUGGUGGUACUUCACAAGCUGCUAUUAAUGAGGCCGUGGGACUCUUUCAGCAAGCAAAUCAGAAGUGCCCUGAUACCCCCAUCGUUGCUGGUGGCUACAGUCAAGGUACAGCGGUUAUAGCGGGAGCUAUUUCCAAGCUGUCUACUACCAUUCGCGAUCAGGUCAAGGGUGUCGUACUCUUUGGUUACACUCGAAACGCCCAGAAUCGUGGUGGUAUUCCCAGCUACCCCAGUGAUGACUUGGAAGUAUACUGUGCUACAGGCGACCUAGUUUGCGUCGGAACACUGACAAUCACUGCCGCGCACUUCUCUUACGCGGAUGAGGCUGCUGGGCCUGCACCAAGGUUCUUGCAAAGCAAGAUCGAUGGGAACUGA